CCACGACGGCGACGACCGCAUCGCACACACCCGGCCAUCACGCCCUCCAGCAGGCCGCGCUUCACUCCUGCCCGUGCACUGGUCGCCAUAGUCGCUCGCCACACACCUCUUCGUCCUCCUCCGCCAUGCCGCCGUCGCGUGCCGCCUCCGGCUCGCGCAGCGGCUCCUCGUCGUCGGGGCCCAGCGCCCGUCCGCGCAAGAAGGCCAGCCGCGAGACUGCCUUCGCUAAGCGUCUGGCUGCCGAAAAGGCUGCGCGCGUCGCCUCGCUCGCUGCGGCGGGCGCCACCGCAGCCGCCAGCAGCAGCAGCGCCGCCCGGCCACGCUCGGCGCUCGCCAAGGGCAAGGGGCGGGCGGCGGCAUCUUCGUACGACGACCCGCACCCGUACCGCUACAAGUCCUUCACCGACCGCCUCGCCGCCGUGCACAUCGAUGCGUCGCGCUCGGCACGCACGCACGCGCUGGCGGGUCUCGACGGCCAGGGCGCCACCGCCGCAGCGGUUGCGACGGCGCCGAGCUCGUCCCUGGCCGCCGCCGCCUUUGAUGACGACGAGUCGGAGGACGAAGAUGCGCUCGCCGCCAUUCACGCCCGCACCUCGAUCGGCGUCGCGCUGGCUGCCUGGCGCGAGCUCAACCUCUCGCUGCCCUUCACGUCCUUUGCACAGCAGGCCGCGCCACUCGUGCAGACGCUGCCGCUGCUGCUGCACCACCUGCCGCGCCUAUCGUCGCUGCUCGCGGGCCUCCUGACCUCGUCGGCGCCGGACGCACACCUGGCCUACGAGGCGGCGCUCGACCUCAUCCCGCGUCUCGCGCUCGAUGCCUCGGCAGAGUUCCUGCCCGUCUUUCCCGAGCUGCUAGGUGCCACGCUGCAUGCCGCCACUGUCGGACGCACACAGUGCGGCGGCGACGAGAAGGCGGCAGCAAGCGUAGUCGAGAAGGCGUUCGAGUCGGCUGCCGCCACGCUCAAAUGCGUCGCGCCUCUGAUCCUGCGCGGCCAGGCAGCGGACGGGCUGCUCCAAACGUGGACCCUCGUGCGUCCGUACCUUGGCGGCAGCGCGUCAGAGGAGCCAGUUCCCGGCGAUGAUGUCGCUAUGCUGCCUCUCGGCGAUACGCAGAGCGCUCCAGAGCUCGUGGAGCAGGACGAGCAAGAGGAUGCCGAGGCAGACGAUGACGAGAUGUCGAGGACGGUGGUGUCGAACCGGCGACGGGGACGGCGCGUCGCACCGCACGUCCGCCGCUUCGCAUCUGAAGCACUCGCACACCUGGUGCGGAAAGCCAAGGUGCCGCAGCUCCAGAGCCUCGCGUCGCAGAUGUUCGCCGACCUUGCGGACGCAGAGAGUCUCGACUUCGCGCGGGGCAUCGCCGGCGUCUGGCUUGAGGUAUCGAAAUCUAUCGACCAUCGACUCCAGUCGAAUGCAGUCGCACAGGUGUCCGCGCUGCUGUACGCGCCAGCUUCGUCGUCUGCGCAGCGUCAGGCGCGGUUGCAGAUCGGCUCUCUCGUGCUCACUGCGCUGGUGCAUCACUCUCAAGCUGUGCAUCUCGCGGAGCUGCUCGACGUCCUGCUCGACCUCGUGUCCGCGGCGCUCGACAGCUACGCCGAGAGUGCGACGGCAGAACGAGCCAUUGCGCUGUCCGACGGCACAGAGUGGCUUCGCGUGUUGGCCGGCACGAGGAAGGGUUCGCGCGUCGCUGACACGAAGAAGCCUGCGCUCUUUGCGCUCUUGCCCCGCAUGGCAACUCUGGCAGCAGAGCUCUCGCAGACCGCGAGUGGCGACCGAGAGCGCGCUCGUCUGGCCCAGAGUCUCGUCACGUUCGUCGCCGUCAUCCUGCCGAUCGGCCGCAUCCAGGAGCUCGUCGGCACGGGUCUGAAGACCGUCGAGGCGCUCAGUCCUUCUUCCGCACCCGCCGGCGGCACUCUGAACCCUGCCUUCUCUGCUGUGGUCAUCGCGCUGGGACUGUCGAGUGUCGGAUGGUCCGGCUUCGGGCAGUUCGUCAUGCCUGCGGUCAUCCGCAGCACCACCGACAUCCUGUCGCAGGAGGGCUCAGCAGAGACCGAGGCAGCGCUCGAUCUUCUUGCCGCGCUGCACGAGCAGAAUCAGCUCGUGUACACUCUUCACGCCGCGGCGACGCCAGCUCUGGCUCGCUGGCGGACGUCGAUCAGCCGGGUGGUGCUCUCGCAACUGCGCGACCUCGCCGACGCGCUCGAUGCAGGCGCACAGCUUGACGUUCUCGAGGCGAGAGCAUCCUCCGACGCCUCAGCACUGCGGCUCGUGUCGCUGUUCCCCGACGAGGCUGCCGGCGCCGCAACCCAACUACGGCGCAUCACUAACCUCCUGGUGGCCAAGGACCCGCGCGAGACGUACGACUCAUCCGCCUACAACGAAGCCGCCCUCUUGGCCUCCGCUCUGAACGCGUUCAGCGAUCUCCUCGAUGCUGCGCGCAGUGCUGGUGCGGCUGCUGCACUCCUCGGCGAUCUCCUUGCCGACGACGGCGCUCUUGCUGAGGCGUGCCUGGCCUACGCCUGGCAUCGCACGGCUCUCUCCGCCUUUGCCCGGCUGUACCGCUGCGCACGGAGCAUGAAUGUCAAGAACGCGUCGCCGCCGGCCCUCAACCGGCUAGCACCCGCGCUGCAGGACGCGGUCAUGUCGUCCGACGAUGUUCUGCGCUCGGCCGCUGUUGAGCUCCUUUCGCUAGCUUCAGCGUCUGCAUCAACCAGCCUGGCAGCAAUGCCGUCGCGUAUCGCAGAGAUUGAGCGCAUCGGCCUUGGCGUUGAGAGCGUGCGGGACCGCAACGUCCGCACGCGCGCCCUGGCUCGCGAUCUCGUACGCGCAGCAGAGGCCAAUGCUAAGGAGGCAUCGCUGUCGGUCGUUGCCGAGCUCGUGAUCCGCUUCGUCGUCGGCACAUGCAAGCUCAACUUCCGGCCGCUCUGGGACGAGAGCCGUGCCGCCCUCGUCGAGCUGGCUACGCGCUUUGGCGAGGACGUCUGGCGCAUCGCAUUCUCCGAGCUGCAGCACGCUGCGCCACUGCCUGCUGCCCCUGUCAACUGGCAGCGAAGCGAGCUCGACGAACUGGAAGCAGACUCGGACGUACUCGACAGCGCCGCGGACGAGCAGAGCACUGAUGCCCGCGCAGAGAAGCACUUCAUCGACCCGCAGCUGAGCGCCCGAUGUGCAAUCAUCAAGGCGCGGCUGGAUGCCUCGCGCCGUGGCGCCGCCGGACGGCAGACUGCAACUCUGCGCACGCUGGCCCGGGAGCAGACGCCCGAGGGGCGCCUCGACGUGCUCAACUACACGACGCAGAUCCUCAAGACCUUCGGCGACCUAACGAUCUUGGUCGAGCGCCACAACGCUCCACUCAUGGAGCACUUCUUUGCCGCAAUCCGCGACGACCGAGUCCACGACGAGGACGACGAGGCUGACGCGCCCGAGGAGGAGGCAUCUCGAGUCGCUGCUACGGAAGGCGGUGUGCGCCUGACGCUCCGCGAACGUCGCGCCCGUCUGUGUGCCUAUCUCGAGCUCUUCUCGCGCUUCUCGAACCCCAAGGCGCUGCUGCGUUCGGAGGAGCUGCACAGCUACCUCUACUCGCUGUGCGCUACGGGCGACGAGAAGGUGCAAAAGCUCGCACUGGACUGUGUCCUCUCGUGGAAGGACCCUGCCCAAGUGCCGUACAAGGCGCGGCUCCACACGCUCCUCGACGCGCCACGCUUCCGGGACGAGCUCACUGCGCUCAAUCUCUCGCCAGACGGCGACACGAUCCAGCCGGGUCAUCGAGCGCGCCUGAUGCCUCUCCUGCUCCGCCUCCUCUUCGGCCUCAUGAUCUCUCGGCGUGGACGCAGUAGCUCCGCCGCGGGACAGGGUGCUCGCAAGGCAGCGAUUCUGGCUGCUCUGAGGGGCUGCGACUCAGGAGACCUGCGCACGCUGGUCGAUCUCAUGCUCGCUCCGUUUGCAGAGCAAGUUCCGACCUCGGCGGGCACAUUCACCUUCAGCGAGACUGCAUGCACUGCGUCUGCGCGGCGCCAAAGCGGCUUCAUCUCGCUUCUCGCCGAUGUGAUCAAGCACCUGGGCCUGGUGACUGUGCCGCUGUGGCCUCUGCUCAUCGGCACCACGCUUAACCUGGCUCGACAUGCGGAUCUUGCAGCACGAGCCAGCCGCGGCAAGGCUACGCUUGGCUUGCGCGCGCUGCGUCAAGCGGCCAUCCGCCGGAUCGCCGAGUUCUUCAGACAGCCGACCACUGCAUUCGACUGGGAGCCGUUCCUUCCGGCUCUCUUCAGCGGUCUGGUCUCUCCGCGCCUGUCCUUGCUCUCGUCCGAGAGUGUGCAGAGUCCGUCUGCUCUGCUGGAGCUCUUCCACACCUGGACAGGGCGAGCCGACACGGCGCCCUACCUCGUGCGCUUCGACGCGACGCUGCUUCCCAACGUCUACGCCUGUCUGGCUGCUCCCACCGCCAAGCCGCCGGUGAUCAGCUGCAUCCUUGAGCUCCUCGAGAGGCUGCUCUCUGCCGACAACGACGCCCUGGCUGGAGACGCUGCGGCCGCCGACAUCCGGUCCGUCGUCGUGCGCCCGCACAUCUCCCCGCUCCUCGCCGGUAUGACUCCGCUGCUGCGCCGCUAUGCAAGCGCAGGCGGCAUCGACCGUGCGCGCGACGAGCUCAUGCGCCGUCAAAUUCGCAUCCUUGCGGAUGUCGGCCCGCUCGUCACCGAGGCCGGCGACGCGAGCGCUCUGCUCGAGCUCCUCGGACCGAUGUUGCGCAAGAGCAAUCAUGUCAUCCCCGAGCGCACGAAGACGGACCUGCUGCAGAUCUUCUGUGACCUGCUGCUGCUCACGCCCGAGUUCCAGGACCCCACCUCGGAGACCUUCAGCCGCCACUACGCCCUGUUCUCUGGCGCGUUCUCCAUGCUGCGCUCGCGGCCUGCGCGCACGACGCUCGGAGGGCUCUUCCGCCAGUUCUCCAAGAUCGACCCGAGCCUCGUGCGCGUCGCCGGUUGGCUCGAGGCGCUCAACUCGUUCAGCACCAAGCGCAUGGAGGAGCCGGACUUCGACCGGCGACUCGCUGCGUUCGACGAGCUCAACGACGAGCGGGCGCUGCCUGAUCCGCCCCUCAGCCCGGCGGAGUGGCUGCCCAUCGUGCACAACAUGCUCUUCUUCAUCCAGGACACCGAAGAGCUGGCGUUCCGCACGAACGCCGGCCUCUCGCUGCGCUGCUUUGUCGUCGCGACCGAGAGCUGCUGCGAUGCCGAGCAGACCACGAAGAUGCGCGAGCUUUUCCACAACGUCGUGUACCCGGGCUUGCGCAAGUGCCUGCGCUCGCGCUCCGAGCUCGUGCGACGCGAGGUGCUCAGCGUGCUCGGCACUGCGGUUCAGCACCUCGGCCACUGCUUCGAGACGCUCGGCGAGAUGCGCGGCCUGCUCGCGGACGGCGACGAGGAGGCCAACUUCUUCAACAACAUCCACCACAUUCAGGUGCACCGUCGCUCGCGUGCUCUGCGCCGACUCGGUGAUCAGGCGGCCCAGGGCACGCUGCGCAGCAAGGCCAUUGCCGAGAUCUUUGCGCCGCUCGUCACGCACUUCCUGCAGAGCGGCAAUGUGCAGCUGCACGACCACAACCUCGUCAACGAGACGAUUGCAUGUCUCGGCCGUCUCGCCCGCCAGAUGGUGUGGGGCGCCUACAACGCACUGCUCUGGCGCUUCCUCAAGCUGGCCAACGAGGCCUCGGCGGCGCAGAAGGUCUUUGUGCGCGCAGCCAUGGCGCUCCUGGACGCCUUCCACUUCGACAUGGAUGCGCAAGCGCAGCUCGAGACCGCUGACGAUGGGCGCGAGGAGGAGAUGGACGAUGAAGGCAAGCCCGUAGACCCCGCCGCUGUCGACAGCUUGCCUGUAGCCGAGGAGCAGUCGGCCGAGAAGGAAGCUGCGCGGGCCGCUGCGAAGUCGACGAAGAUUCUGGACGCCGUGACGGGACGUCUGCUGCCGGCUCUGAUGGGCUACCUCGAGCAGAAGGACGAGUCCGACGAUGCUGUGCGGCUGCCUGUUGCCGUGGGUGUCGUGCGUGUGGUGCAGCGGCUGCCGACGCACGUCAAGGAGACGCACAUUCGCAAGCUGCUCAACACGCUCGCCAAGGUGCUCAAGAGCAAGUCUCAGGAGACGCGCGACCUCGCGCGCGACACGCUGGCGAAGGUGGCGACUGCGCUCGGCGCUUCGUACUUCCCCGAUAUGCUCAGAGAGCUCCGGCGAGCGCUCGUGCGUGGCCCUCAGCUUGCUGUCCUUGCCUUUACCGUGCACACGCUCCUCGUGCACCUCACCACCAUGGCCGAGUCACCCCUGACGCUGCUGGACGCCGGCAUCGAUGACGUGGUGCACGUUGCUACCGAGGAUGUGUUCGGACACACGAGCGAGGACCGUGUCGGCAUCGAGAGCCGCACGAAGAUGCGCGAGAUGCGGCAGAGCAAGUCGCUCGACACUUUCGAGCAGCUGGCUCGCAUCGCCGCACCUGCGCGCAUCAGUGCGCUCCUCUUGCCGCUGCGCGACAUCAUGCAGCAGACCGAGGCGCACAAGGCCAUCGUCAGCGUCGAGGACGUGCUGCGGCGCAUCGCCUCGGGCAUCAACGCCAACGUCCACCUCGACGCUGCGACGUUCCUGGUACUGUGCCACUCGCUCAUCAGCCGCAAUGCCGUCUUCCUCCAGCCGCGUGCCACCGCGGGAGAGGGACGCAAGGGCAAGUCGCUGCUUGGCUAUCGCUUUGCCGUGCACAUGAAGCGCGCAGACGUGGAGGCCGGCCUCUCGGCGCAGGACCACUACGCUCGCAACGCGCACCGCUUCGUCGUCUUUGGCCUUGACCUCCUGAUCGUGGCGAUGCGCCGCGCGCGCUUCGACUUCCACAGCGCCGACACCCUGGCGCGCCUUGAUCCGCUCGUGUCCGUGGUUGGCAACACGCUCUAUGCCUCCGACGCAUCGGUCGUCAAUGCCGGCCUCAAGGGCGUGUCGGCGCUCGUCAAGUGCCCACUGCCGGCGCUCGAGACAGCUCUGCCGGUGUACAUCAAGCAGAUCCUCGCGGCCAUCAACCGCGAGGGCAGUGCACAGUCAGACAUUGCUCAGGCGGCGCUCAAGGCGCUGACGUCGAUCCUGCGCGAGGCCAAGAGCGCACACUUCAAGGACAGGCAGCUCGGCGACCUGCUCUCGCUUGUCGUCGUCGACAUCGAAGAGCCCGGCGCCCAGUCUGCCAUCUUUGCGCUGCUCCGGGCGGUCAUCGCUCGGCGCCUCGUCGUUCCCGAGGUCUACGACAUCAUGGACCGCGUGGCAGAGAUGCUCGUCACCAACCAGAGCGCCCAGGUGCGCGACACUUGCCGCGCCGCCUUCCUGCAGUUCCUGCUGGACUUCCCGCAGGGCAAGCAGCGCCUGCGCAAUCAGGUGCGCUUCCUCGCCAAGAACGUCUCGUACGACUUUGAAAGUGGCCGCCUCAGCGUCAUGGAGCUGCUCUCGGCCGUGCUGACCAAGUUCGACGACGGCGUGCUUCGCGAGCACGCCGACGUGCUCUUCGUCUCUCUCGUCAUGGCUCUCGCCAACGACGACUCGGCGCUCUGCCGUGCGCAGGCGGCGAGCCUCAUCAAGAUGCUCAUCAGCGUCGUCGAGGUCGAUCACCGAGCUCGUCUGGCUCAGCUCACUCAUUCGUGGGCCGAGCAGAGCGAGCGCAGUGAGCUUGCCCGCGUCGCCAUGCAGGUCUACAGCCUCAUGCUCGAGGCUGCGCCUGAGAACGCCUCGGCGUGGGCGUCACGAGCCCUCGUCGCAGCCAGCAGCUGCCUCGCAGACGCUGCCAGCGCGCUUGUCGAGCUCGAGAGCGACCAAUUCUUCGACCCGAUGGACGUCGACGGCGGCCUCGACUGGCAGCUUCCGUACCAAGCGCUGCAGACCGUCGAGGGGCUGCACGCUCAUGUCGCCGCCCUGGUCGAUGCACGCGGAUCAGCUGCGACGUGGUCCUCCGUCCGCGAGCUGCUGCUCUUCCCUCACGCUUGGGUGCGUCUGGGCGCCUCUCGGCUGCUCGGGCUGCUGUUCUCCCCGGUCGAUCCGUUAAGGCCCGCCGCCGGCAAGGCGCUGGAAGAGAGCCCGUUCAGCCUCGAGUCGCUCAUCGACAUCGCGCGCAAGCUCACUCUGCAGCUGCGCGCUCCUCGCAUCGACGAGGGCGCCUCGACACAGGCCGUCAAGAACCUGCUCUACAUUGGGCGCUGCUUCGCGCUCUGCCCGGCACCCUCGCACGCUCGGACGGCCUCGCCGGCGCAGGCCGACGAAAGCGAUGCCGAGGACGAGGACGACGAAGGAGUGGACGCAGCGCGAGGCGUGCAGGAGAACCCGCUGGCCUGGCUCUUCACCAAGCUUUCGUACACUGCCCGUGCCGCGCAGCUAGCCCGCGCGGACAUGCAGCCCCAAACCGAACAGGCUGCUGCCGUGCUGCGGUGGUUCGCAGCGAUGGCCAUGCACCUGGAGCCGGAGCGCACGGUGGACUUCCUGCCGCACAUCCUCGGCCCUCUGUUCCGCAUCCUGGACGACGAGGGCCUCAAGGGUGCCAAGCUGGAAGAGCUCAAGACGCUCGCCACAGAGGUGCAGGACGUCAUCCAGAGUCGGGUGGGCACGACGCGCUACGCCUCGGCAUACACGAGCGUGCGCCAGCGCGCCCUCGAGAAGCGGCGCGAGCGCAAGACGGCCAAGCUCAUGCAGGGCAUCGCGGACCCGGAGAAGGCGGCCAAGCGCAAGGCGCGCGACAACCUCAAGAAGCACGACGCUCGCAAGAGGAAGAGCAACGCAUAUGCUGAGACGAAGCAGCGCACGCGGCCCCUGAAGCACCACUAGACCCUCACCAUCAACCCCCAUUCCUCUGCAUUCUGUAACAUGAUCAUUCCCAU